AACAGUAUAGAAUUAUACUGGUCAAAAGCCAUCGGAACUCUCUCUCUCCUCGCUUUCUCUCUCUCUCUAACCUUCCUAAAUCAAAGCAAAUCUCGGACACAGCCAUUGUUUCUUCGACCCUGAAAUCGGAGGCAUUCGAAUUUUUGCUUCUCUUUUUAACACUCCCUCUCUCACACGAUCCGAUAGUUAAAACUGGGUCUCUCUCUCUUUCUGAAGAUUCCAAUUUCCAAAUCCCUUCCGGAAAGCGAUUUUUGUUUUCUUCAAAUUGGGUUGUUUCCAAUUCCACUCGAUUUGAUCUAUUUGUUUCCAAUUCCACUCGAUUGUGUUCUGAUUUAAUUGUUUUGUAGCUGGAGGGGUUUCUGGGGUUUCAUUGUUUCCGAGGGAGGGAGGGUUUUCUUUGACCUUCCAUAAGGAAUUUUUGGGAUUUUUGUUGGUUGGUGUUUGUGUGCAGAGAAUGGAAGAGCCGGUGUCGGAGAAACAGCAAUCAGCGUCGUACACGUACUGGGUGAGGGAAGUCAGGGAAGAUGCAGCCCCUCUCCCUCUUCCCCGCAAGCUCACCUCUCAGGAUAUAUCCAACCAGUCUCAACCUUCCAACCUCGGUUCGGUUUGGAAUCGGGCUGGGACGUGGGAAGAGAAGAACCUUAAUAAAUGGGCUACUGAUAGGAUUAAGGAGUUGCUUCUGUCUGUGGGGUCCGUGGAGUUCUCUGGUGGCAGAGCAGAAAUAGCAGAAGUGUCAAAAUGCGUUGGCGACGCAUUUUUGGUGACUGUACGAAACAAGAAACGUGUUGGAUACAAUUAUGAGUUGACGUUGAGAGUGAAAGGGGAAUGGAUUGUUGAAGAGGAGAAAAAGAAUGUAAAGGGACAAAUAGAUAUCGCUGAGUUCUCAUUUGGUGAGCUGGACGAAUUGCAGAUUGAAGUGAGUCUUAGUGAAGAAAAGGAUCUUGGGCACCAAGAUAAGCUGAGAAUCCGCAAGGAUUUUAAGGUGUUUUUGCAGCCUGUCCGUGAAAAGUUGGUCCAAUUCGAACAGGAGCUCAAGGAGAGGUAGAAGUGGGGUAGUUAUGCCUUUAGACCUUCAUUGCAGCUGUCGUUUUUAAAAGGAGUAACUGGACUCUACCUGCAGCUUAUCUUUUCUGAUUAGCGGGUUUUGUUGUUGACAAUGUAACUUAAACAUAUUGUUGUGGAGGCAAAGCCUCCACGUGUCUUAUUAAAACGUGGUAUUUGCAAUAUGAUAUGGGACAUUUAGAGUUUGGCGACCUACUAUGUUGGUUUGCAUUGUACGUCUGUUAUAACUUCAUCAAUUGAUAUUUCUGGACCGAUGUCUCUGAAUCUCGGAUGUUCCAUUUAAUGAUCAGCCUUAUUCCUUUGGUGUUU